AUGGCUGCACACUGCAUGCCGGCCGUGCACCACCUGGGUUCCACAACAGCGGGGCUGCUUGCUUUGUGCUUCACGAUGUGUUUUGGGAAGGCUGUGGACUUCGAGGAUAUAUUCUGCAGUGACGGCCUGACACCAGCCGAGUGUGCGCCGUUCCUCCCUUCAGAGCAGCGGGCGAUCUCUUCCUUUUUGCAGGACUUGCAAAGGAUGCCGAUGCCCAAGCCAAGUUCUUUCCAAGGUCGAGGUAUCGUGAUGAGUGGAGGACCCAUGCACGUCUUGCAGGCUCUGGCGAACUUGGCGGUGUUGCGGGAGCAGCUGCAGUCCGACCUUCCCGUCGAGUUUUGGCACGCCUUUGAGCUGGAGGAAGCUCACUGUCGGGCCUUGGAGAGGCGGGGCGCGACGUGUCGUCAGCUGCAGGUCCCUGGAGUGUAUCGCGACUUCCAGACGAUCCUGCCGUCCAUCAUGUCCUCCUCCUUCAAGGAGGUCCUCUGGAUGGACACCGACCUGACCCUGUUACAGCGGCCGGAGCUGCUCUUUGAAUCGCCCCAGUUCAGACGCUUUGGCGCGCUGCUGUGGCCGGACCACUGGUCCUUUGACUGCCGGCCGUGGGGGCAGAGCGCCCGGUCCAAUCACGUGGUGCUGAAGUUAUUGGACUUGGAGCACAAUGCUUCGGACAUGUUGCAUGCGCAGGAGCAAGAGACCGGCCUCUUCCUCAUCAACAAGGAGGUUCACUGGAAGCCAAUCUGCUUGGCCAACUUCAUGGCAUCGCGGGAUUUCUUCACUCUCGUCCUCCACGGGAACAAGGAUCUCCUCCGUCUGGCCUUCGCGAAGCUGAACAACUCGGUCUGGCUAAGCCCCCUCCGGCCCGGCCUGAUCGGCGGCUUCAUGUCCAACGGCUUGUUCCUGCCAGCGUCCAUGGUGCAGUUCUGGCCCGCCAACGGCACCUUUGGAACCGGACCAAAUGGCCGUGCCGUGCCGGUUUUUCUUCAUCAGAAGAAGGUGCCUGGCAACCUCUGGGUGGAUAUACUGACCUUUACCACACCGCUGGGCACCUGCAGCCCGUACUUUCCGGUCCCUUUCCACCCCCACACCAUGGACGAUAUCCUUUCCUGGCGGAUCGAGAGGACCGACCUCGAUCUUGCAAACAGGAUCAGUAUCGCCGACGUCACCUGGGACGAGGCGUAUGCGGAGGGCCGACGAAGCCUGCGGCCGCUUCUGUCGGAAGAGUCUCAAGCCAUGCUGGAACCGAAGAAAGCGGAGCAAGAGGCCUACGUGCAGCCGGAGGACACAGACGACUUUGUCAUGAUUGCGCAAGAAGAAGGGGCGGGAUGCGGUUGCGACUACAAUGACAACUUCUUCUUGUACGUGCUCUCGGUCGUGUCCUAUCUGCAGCUGGGGUACGAGUCCUCAGUCAAAGAUGACUUCUGCGAGCCGAUCCUCCAAGAGUUCGACUGGGCUCCCUGCCGGGUCGGCUAUGCCACCUUGGCGCUGCUGUGCUCGCAGAUCUUGCGAUCGAAGCCCGAGAAAGCAGUUCUGGCCAAAGAUGCCGCCGGCAAGCUCCUUCCCUUGGUGGAGCCCUGUGCACAGACGUCGCCGUGGCCGCUAAAAGGCCUGAAGGAGUUCGUCCAUGACAAGACCCGCCACGACUUCUCCGGCCCCUUCGCGCUUGAGGCCACGAGAUUUCCGCCCUCUGUCCAAAGAUGUGUCCCGCUGUCCAUGUCUUGUUGGGAUACAAGAAAUGCCUGGCAAGACCGGCUGGCAGAUGGCAAGGCUGCUAGACGAAAUGCCCUGAGCCUCAGCGCGUGCCGGUUCUGCUGUGACCGGAGCGUUUCCCGUCCUCUGCGAGCGGGCUGCUUCGAUGCGGUGUUCACGGAGAAGCGCUGCUGCAACGCUUUGGAGCCUUGA